AUGGAAGCUACAGCUGCCCCUGGUGUAAUUGCUAAUCUGAAACUUCUUAACCAUGAUAACUACGAAGAUUGGAGCUUCCGGAUGCAAAUCUACUUGUUGGCUGAAGAUCUUUGGGACUUUGUCAAUGACACCAAUCAACCUCCAAGACGAGACGCUGAAUUUAAGGUUUGGAGCAAACUUAAUGCCAAGGCUUUACAUGGAAUUCAGAGUUCUUGUGGGGAUGAUACUUGUUUACACCAUAAUCAACCGAGCAUAUCCAGUCUCAAAACAACUAGCACCAAGGCAGACACGCCUUCUCUCUUGCCGAAGGAAGACACUCUUCCGAGGUGCCGAGCACCUGCCGAAACUCCCGACUGCCAAAGCUCACAAACUGUUAAACCUAAUUCUCAUGACACGUGUCACCACCGCGGCAACCUGCACAGAGUCCCACAUCGGAAAUCUACACCAACCUCCCACUUUCACUUCCCUAUAAAAAGGGAACAGUACCCUAGUAAGAGGGUAACUACUUUUCUGCCUUUUACUAUUACUCUGCAAAAGUUACCAUUCUUAGCUGACUUAAGCAUCGGAGAGCCUUCGGCCGGCACCACACCGGUGCCCGGAGCUUGA